GUGCUUGUUCAGUGAGCUCACUACUUCGAGUUCUUCAGGAAGAAAGGACAUGGACUCAAGAGUGACAGCAUUGCAGUAGCCUACAUCUGAGCCACAGGGCUGCUCUGGUACAACUCAGGGAAUAAGGAGAUGGAGGUUUUCUGGGCUGGGGCCCUUUGGGUCCUGAAGAUCUGGCUGUACCUCAUUGUCAGCCUCAUCAUGAUCCCAGCCAUGUUUGGAUUCUCUUUGGGCAUUUCUGAGACCUACAUGACCAUCCUGGUCAAAACCUUAGAGUGGGCCACACUAAAGAUGCAGAAGGCAAAAACAGAUGAACAAACUCUCAAAAGCUCACCUUCUAACAUCCUCAUCCAGAGAGAGGAUGGCUCUAUGGAGAAAGAAUUGGAAGAACUUCGACGUAGUCGGCCUAAACCAUCAGUAGGCGGUGAUUUUACACUCAGUGACUGUUUCUAUUUCAGCCGGAAAGGAAUUGAGAGCAUUGUAGAGGAUGAGGUGACCCAGCGGUUCACUUCAGAGGAGCUGGUAUCCUGGAACCUCCUGACUCGUACCAACGACUUCCAGUUCAUCAGUCUGAAACUGACACUGGUCUAUGGCAUAGGCAUCUUUGUGAGAUACUGCAUCCUUGCCCCACUCAGGAUAACUCUAGCUAUCAUUGGCCUCACCUGGUUGGUCAUAGGGACAUCUGCAGUUGGAUUACUCCCAAACUGGAGGAUUAAGUUCUGGCUCAGUGAGUGGGUCCAUGUGAUGUGCUACAGGAUCUGUGCUCGAGGACUCUCUGCCGCUAUCCGAUAUCACAACAGGGAAAAUAAACCCCAAAAAGGAGGAAUCUGUGUUGCCAAUCACACCACACCUAUCGACAUUGUGAUUCUCUGCAAUGAUGGCUGUUAUGCUAUGGUGGGCCAGGUGCAUGGAGGAUUAAUGGGAGUGGUCCAAAGAGCCAUGGUGAGGUCCUGUCCUCAUGUUUGGUUUGAGAGAGCAGAAAUGAAAGAUCGCCACCUAGUGACCAAAAGGUUGAGGGAUCAUGUAAGUGACAAGACAAAGCUUCCCAUAUUGAUAUUUCCAGAGGGAACCUGUGUCAACAACACAUCUGUCAUGAUGUUUAAGAAGGGCAGUUUUGAAAUUGGAGGGACAAUAUACCCAGUAGCCAUUAAGUAUGACCCAAAGUUUGGAGAUGCUUUCUGGAACAGUUCAAAGUACAGUAUGGUGAAUUACCUGCUGAGGAUGAUGACCAGCUGGGCCCUCGUCUGUAAUGUCUGGUACCUGCCAGCUAUGCACCAGCAGGAGGGUGAAGAUGCUGUUCAGUUUGCCAACAGAGUGAAGUCUGCCAUCGCUCACCAGGGAGGGCUGGUGGACCUGCAGUGGGAUGGAGGUCUGAAGAGGGCGAAGGUGAAGGAGUCGUUUAAAGAGCAGCAGCAGAAGCAGUACACCAGAAUGGUAGUGGGAGACGACAGCAGUGGCCACAGUGACUGAGACCCUGAAUAAAUGCACUGUCCAAAUCUCAGGCCUGUUUUUGGAAAUUAUACACUGGAAACGAGCCUCUCUUCUCCAGCAUGCCCUCAUUAACUUGGCCUGAUGGGGAACACCGCUGAGUGGACUUUAGUGAAACCUCAGGUACAGCUUAAAGGAGGAGAGUGUGUGAUUCACAGAACUCACACUUGCAAUAUAGACCUUUAUGAGAAACAGACUGUGGAAAAGGAAAAGUCUUUGUUUUUACUGCUGAAGAUACAUACUGCUGUUGUGAUCAAAAUUUGAUCUUGAAUUGAAUUUUUUGAUUGCAGACUGCUGGGUAGAGAAACUAGGAUUUUGUCCAGAAUAUUUUUUUAGAUAGAUUUUAGUUUAUAGUCUCAGCACCUAUGGUUUGAUGCUACUAUGGUAAAAGGACCUCAGAGGUAGCUGCAGCAUUUUAAAACUUGCUGCAUUUUAAAACUUAGCAUCCCAAUUGACAGUAUCUAUUAUGAGAUGGCUAGCAUUUAAGCACUGAAGCAUUGAUUUAACAUCUUGCAGUAUUUCACUGCUACAUUAACACUGAUGAUCAUCCAGAAAUAUAGUGCACACUUUAAAAAAAAACAGCUCUAUCAGUACUCUUUAUAGAAUCAAACAUGAACUGAGAAAAUCUUACUCUCAUUCAUUCAACAUGAAGUGUUUUUGUGACCCUUGUUCACCCACUUUUUUUUCUGCACAGAAUCACAAAGGUAAAGCAAGGACAUGAGGGUUUGGCACUUAAAUAAUACAUUAAAGUGCUGAGCGUGACAGGCUCAGUUCAUUGAAUGUCCACAUGAGUUGUGAGAGUCUUAAAGGAGAACACACAGCUGAGACUUUUUGGUUUUCUCUCCACUUGAAGUUUGGUUUCCAGUGUUGCCGUUCGUCAGUACGGUUUCCUCCUUGGGCACUACAAGCAAAAUUUAAGACAUAUUUGUUUUAAAAUGACUGAUUAUGAUGAUGACACAAUCAUGAUAUUUAUUUUGUUUGAUAUGAUCAGCAUUCUUACCUUCCUCUUCAUUCUCUUCUUGAACACAUGGAGCUGGUUUUUCCUGCACGUUCUGUGUACAAACAAAUGCCACUUACAUUCACAGUUGAAUGAUGUGUUUGAUUUUGAAAAUAAUAUCAGAACUUACUGGCAUCAGGUUGACUUUGUUCCUCUUUUUCUGUUCCUGAUAUCUGCAAAUAUCAACCAUGAAAAGCUGUUUACAUAAGUGCUGAGAAUUAAAGCUGAGUCUGAUUUUUUUAACAACA